GCGAGGGGCACGGCCCGGCGGUGAUGGCGCGGGAGGGUGCCCUGGAGGAUCCAGCUGUGCCCCCAGAUGUUGAGGGCCCCCAAAAACGCCUUCCCUGCCCCCGAAACGCCCCAGAUGUGAUUGGGGAGGGGCCAGAUCCAAAUGUUGGGGACCUGAAAACGCCCAAAGUGGCCCAAAACACUUCAGAGGCUCCAGAUAUGGCAGCAGAGACCACAAAUCCAGAUGUGCUGUGGGCCAAAAAUGGGCACCGGACACUGCAGGUGGACAGCGACACAGAUGUGGAGGAGGAGGGGCCAGAUCCAGAUGCUGAGCCCCAAAAACGGCUUGAAAUGACCCAAAGUGUUCCCGAAACUCCAGAUGUGGGGCUGAAAACCCCAAAUCCAGAUGUUCUACGGCUUAAAAAUGGGUAUGGCACACUGCUGGUGGAGAGCAACACAGAUGUGGAGGAGGAGGAGGCUGAUCCAGAAGUGGAGCCCCCAAAACUACUGAAAAUUACCCAAAAUGUGCCCGAAACUCCAGAUGUUGCAGGAAAGACCCCAAAUCCAGAUGUUUCAGCCCCAAAACUGCCUUGUGGAAUGCAGGUGGUGGACAGUGACACGGAUGUGGAUGAGGAUCCAGACGUGCCACCCCCAAAAAGGCUCAAAGUGAUCAAAAGCAUGCCUGGAAUUCCAGAUGUGGAGGUGGAAACCCCAAGUCCAGCUGUGGGCACACCCAAAACUAGACACUGGACAAUGCUGAUGGACAGAGACACAGAUGUGGAGGGGGAGGAGGAGAACCCAGAUGUGCAACCCCCAAAACAACUCAGGAUGACCCAAAAUGUGCCCGAAAUGCCAGAUGUGGCAGCAACGGCCCCAAAUCCAGAUGUUUCAGGCACAAAACUCCAUUCCUGGAUGCUGCUGGUGGACAGCGAUACAGAUGUGGAAGACGAAGUGAAUCCAGAUGUGCAGCCCCCAAAAAGGCUCAAAGUGACCCAAAACAUGCCCAGAAUUCCACAUGUCGAGGUGGCGACCCCAAAUCCAGCUGUGGAAAGGCCCAAAAUCGGGCAUGAGACGCUGGUAGAGGACAGUGACACAGAUGUGGAGGAGGAUCUGGAUGUGCAGCCCCCCAAAAGGCUCAGAAGGACCCAGAAUGUGCCCAAAACUCCAGAUGUGCGAUGGGGGACACAAAAUCCAGAUGUUUCAGGCCCCACAAUCAGGUGUCAGAUGCUGCUGGUGGACAGUGACACAGAUGUGGAGGAGGAUCCAGAUGUGCAGCCCCUGAAACGGCUCAGAGCGACCCAAAACGUCCCUGAGACUCCAGAUGUGGCUGCAAAGCCCCCCAACCCAGAUGUUGCAGGCCCUGAAAUCAGGUGCCAGACAUUCCUGGUGGACAGUGACACAGAUGUGGAGGAGGAUCCAGAUGUGCAGCCCCUGAAACGGCUCAGAGCGACCCAAAACGUCCCUGAGACUCCAGAUGUGGCUGCAAAGCCCCCCAACCCAGAUGUUGCAGGCCCUGAAAUCAGGUGCCAGACAUUCCUGGUGGACAGUGACACAGAUGUGGAGGAGGAGGUGAAUCCAGAUGUUGAGACCCUAAAAGAGCUUGAAAUGACCCAAAAUGUGCCUGAAAGUCCAGAUGUGGUGUCACAGACCCCAAAUCCAGAUGUUGGAAUGGCCAAGAAUGGGUGCCAGGUACUGCUGGUGGGCAGUGAUCCAGAUGUUUCCCCUGCAAAAAGAUGGGAAAGUCCUCAAAACGUGCCCCAAACUCCAGAUGUGCCCACACAGCCCCCAAAUCCAGGUGUGAAGGGGUCACAGAGGGGUCACCGGGCGCUGCUGGACGACAGCGACACAGAUGUGGAGGAGGAGGCGGCAAAUCCAGAUGUUGGAUCCCUAAAAAGAGUGAAACAAGCCCCAAAUGUGCCUGAAACUCCAGAUAUGAGGCUGAAACCACCAAAUCCAGAUGUUUCAGGCACAAAAAUUGGGUGUAGUAUGCUGCUGGUGGACAGCGACCCAGAUGUGGAGGAGGAUGAGGCCGAUCCAGAUGUUCAGCCCUCAAAAAGACAGAAAAUUGCCCAAAAUGUGCUCGAAACUCCAGAUGUGCCCACACUUACCCCAAAUCCAGUUGUUGGAGGCGCUGAAUCCAGAUGUGGAGCCUUGGUGGUGGAGAGUGACACAGAUGUGGAGGAGGAUGAGGCUGAUCCAGAUGUUCAGCCUUCAAAAAGACCGAAAAUUACCCAAAAUGUGCCCAAAACUCCAGACGUUGGGAGGUUCCAAAGGACCAAAAAUGUGGCCGCAACGCCAGAUGUGGCGGGAGAGGAGGAAGAGUGGGAUCCAGAUGUGGCCACCCAGCUGUUCCUGCCCCCAAAUCCAGAUGUGGGGGAGGCCGAGGCAGAUCCAGAUGUUGGGAGCCCAGAACGACUCAAAAUGACCCAGAAACCACGAGAAAUUCCAGAUGUGGAGGAGGAAGAGGAGUCAGAUCCAAACCUGGCCACCCAGCUGUUCCUGCCCUCUCCAGAAGUUGGGGGCCCAGAAAGCUCCAAAACGGCCCCAAAGGACCCCAGAAUUCCAGAUGUGGAGGAGAAAGAGGAGUCAGAUCCAGAUGUGGCCACCCAGCUGUUCUUGCCCUCUCCAGAUGCUGGGAGCCCAAAACGACUCAAAAUUACCCAGAACCCUCCCAGAAUUCCAGAUGUGGAAGAGGAAACCCCAAAUCCAGAUGAGAAGGAAGAACAGGAGUCAGAUCCAGAUGUGGCCACCCAGCUGUUCCUGCCUUCCCCAGAUGUUGGGAGCCCAGAAGGCCCCAAAACUACCCCAAAGGACCCCAAAAUUCCAGAUGUAGAGGGGCUGCCCUCCCCGGAUCCAGAUGUGGCCACGCAGCUGUUCCUGCCCCCACACCCAGGUGUGGACGGCCUAAAUCCAGAUGUUCUGGGUCCAAACCAACCCGAAAUGGCCUCAAAUGACCCCAAAAUUCCUGUUGUGAGGGUGGAGACCCUAGAGCCAGAUGUGGAGGGGGAGGAGGACUUGGAUGUGGCCACCCAGCUAUUCCUGCCUCCUGAUCCAGAUGUGGAGGGGGAAGGACCCUCAGAUCCAGGUGUUGGGUCCCCAGAACCACCCAAAAGUCCCCUAAACCCACCCAAAAUUCCAGAUGUGGGCACAGAGAGCCCAAAUCCAGAUGUGAAGGGGUCACUGAGUAGCCACAGGACGUUGCUGGGGGAUGCUGAUCCAGAUGUGCAGGAGGCAGGCCCAAAUCCAGAUGAGGCAGCCUCAAAAAAACCCCAAACAGCCCCGAAAGUCCCUGAAAUUCCAGAUGCAGAGGCGGACACCCCAAAUUCAGAUGUGGAGAGCCCGGGGAGCCCCAGCCUGGAUCCAGAUGUGUCCACCCAGCUGUUCCUGCCCCCUGCCCCAGAUGUGGAACGCCCGGAAAGCCCCAAAAGGGCCCUGGAUGAGCCCCAAGUUCCAGAUGUGGAGGAGGUGGCCCCAAAUCCAGAUGUUGAGGGUCCCCCAAGCCCUGCCCAGGAGGAAGCAGAAGCUCCACCCACCCCAAAGGUGCGGCGCAGUCGGCGAUUGGCUGAGAUUGGAGGGGGCUCCGCCUCUCGUGACCCCACCCCCACUCAGAAUGGGCAAGAUCAAGGCUCCAAGCCACGCCCCUCACCCAAGCCACGCCCCCAGAGGGGGCAGGACCGAACAGUGGCAGCGCUUGAAGAGGCCACACCCACAGUGUCCAUACAAGGAAAUGGGCGUGGCUCAAAUUCAGCCCCACCCCCAGAGGAGGAGGAGCUAACAGAAGGUGCCAAGCGCAGGCUCCGCCCCCGGGCAGCACCGGGCUCCGCACAGAUCCGGGUGCUGUUCACCGGCCUGGUGGCCUCCCCGGCGCUGCAGGUGGCCCUGGGGACGCUGGGUGGCACCGAGGCCACCUCAGUGCACGACUGCAGCCACCUGGUGACCGAUGGCAUCCGCCGGACACUGAAGUUCCUGUGCGCCCUGGGCAGGGGUGUCCCCAUUGUCACCCCCCAGUGGCUGCUAGAGAGUUCCCACAGUGGCCGCCCGCUGUCCCCUGGUCCCUUCCUGCCCCGGGACCUCCCCUGUGAGCGGCGCUUCGGCUUCCGCCUGCGCCCGGCGCUGGCCCGGGCCCGGGAGCGGCCCCUGCUGCAGGGCUACCAGGUGCACGUCACCCCCAGUGUCCAGCCGUGCCCCGAGGACAUGCGGGACAUUGUCACCUGCUGUGGUGGCACCUUCCUGCCACAGCUGCCCCGGGAACAUGCGCCCCGUGUCCUGGUGAUCUCGUGUCCCCAGGACCGCUGGCUCUGGCCCCCGGCCGUGGCCGCGCGGCUCCCGCUGCUCUCGGCCGAGCUGCUGCUCUCGGGGGUCCUGCGGCAGCGCCUGGAGCUGGCCCCGUUCCUGCUGAGCCCCUGGCAGCCCCCCGAAAACGCCCCUGAGCCCACCCAAAACACCCCAAAUCCCACCCAAAAGCAAAAAAAUCCCACCCCAAAUCCCACCCAAAAUAGCCCAGAGCCCACCCGAAACCAGAAAAAUCCCACUCAAAACUCCCCAAAUCCCGCCCAGAAACGGAGAAAUCCCCCCCGAAAAACCCCAGAUCCCACCCCAAAAACCCCAGAUCCUGCCCAGAAAAGAAAAAAUCCGUUCACGGAGCGAAACAGCCAAUGGCGAUGCAGAAGGGGCGGGAGCAUCGUUGCCAUGGGGACGGGGCGGGCGGUCGCCAUGGCAACGGGGCGACCGGGCCUGGAGCGGGAAAAGCGGGAAAAGGACGUCCCGGACAGCAUUAACCCCUCCUUUAAGUCCCUGGGGGCGGAGCUUGAGGCAGAAAAGGGGCGUGUCCAUGAAUUGGAGGCAGAGCUGAAAACACUGAGGGGGCGGAGCCAAUGCCUGGAGGCGGAGCUUGAGGCAGAAAGGAGGCAGUGCAAACACCUGGAGGCGGAGCUUGAAGCAGAAAAGGGGCGGAGCCAACGGCUGGAGGUGGAACUUAAGUCAGAAAAGGGGCGGAGCCAAGCACUGGGGGUGGAACUCGAUGCCCUGAAGGGGCGUGGCCAACGAUUGGAGGCAGAGCUGGAUGCGGAAAAGGGGCGGAGCCAAAUCCUGGAGAUGGAGCUGGAGACCCUGAAGGGGCGGGGCCUUGGCCCAGAGGGGGCGGAGCCAAGCCCAGAGCAGGUGCUGCUGGGCCGCUGGCGCCAGAAGGUUUUCCAGCUGCUGCUGCAGGUGAGGCUGCAACAGGGCCAGGAGCUGCGGCUGCAGGGACAGGUGCGCUCCCUGGGGGCUGCAGUGGCCGCCGGGUCCCGCCAGGUGUCGCUGUUGGAGCUGCGGCUGCGCCAGGGGGAGCAGGAGAGACAGGCCCUGUCCCAGCAGCGGCUCCGGGCGGAGGCGGCCGAGGAGGAACUGGGGAAACUGGGCCAGGCCCUGAGCCGGCUGUUGGGGACAUUGGGCGUGGUCCUGGCCGAUGUCACCGUGGCCGUUGGGGCCCUGGGGACCCUCAGUGAGCGCCUGGGACGGGCCCAGCACCGACUGCGGGCGCUGGUGGCCUCAGGGCGGCUCCGGUGGCAGCGGGAGCCGGAGGGGACAGCAGAGGACAGCGGCGCGGUGGCCCCGGAGGUGACAUCGGAGAAGGUGAGGGGGUGGCACCGAGGGGACACCGGGGGUGGCUCUGUCCCCAGGGUGUCACCCCCGUGCCCACCCCAGGCCACCAAGGGUGGGGACAGGACCCGGCCACGCCCAGGCACAGUGUCCCUGGCCCCGUUGGUGACGCAGCUCCAGGCUCUCGGUGCCGCCAUCCUCGGGGACCCCGCGGUGCCAGCGCCCCCGUGGGGACACCGGUGACAUCAGGGACACAGGUGACAUCAUCAGGGAGCAGUGGCACUGUGGGGACAGAGAUGAUGUCACUGUGGUGGUGGUGGUGACGUCACUGUGGUGAUGUUGAUGAUGUCACUGUGAUGGUGAUGACGUCAUGGCUCUGCCCCAGCCCUGGCUCCGUGUCACUUAGUCCCCACCCAGCCCCCAAUGUCCCCAAAGCCACCACGACCAUCCAAGAGGGUCCCCAAAGUGUCCCCGAUGUCCCCAAGGAGAUUCUUUGGUGUCCCCAACCCCGCCCAAUGC